UCAAGCACCAACUUCCAGUGUGGCCGCAACCUCUCAAGCACCAACUUCCAGUAUGGCUGCAACCUCUCAAGUACCAACUUCCAGUGUUGCCACAACCUCUCAAGUACCAACUCCCAGUGUGGCUGCAACCUCUCAAGCACCAACUUCCAGUGUUGCCACAACCUCUCAAGCACCAACUUUAAGUGUGGCUGCAACCUCUCAAACACCAACUCCCAGUGUUGCCGCAACCUCUCAAGCACCAACUCCCAGUGUGGCUGCAACCUCUCAAGCACCAACUUCCAGUGUUGCCACAACCUCUCAAGCACCAACUUCCAGUGUUGCCACAACCUUUCAAGCACCAACUUCCAGUGUGGCUGCAACCUCUCAAGCACCAACUUCCAGUGUUGCCACAACCUCUCAAGCACCAACUUCCAGUGUGGCUGCAACCUCUCAAGCACCAACUUCCAUUAUGUUUGGAACAGAUACGGCUGCAACCUCUGGCAUGACUACAACUGACACUGCUUUGACCACUGGCAUGGCAACAACAUUGAAUUCUACAGCCACUGGAGUCGUCGCUACCAGCAAACCAACAGAAAAGCCUGUCACAACCAAAGCCCCUGUUACAGAAAAACCAGGAAAGCCUGAAAAGAUCUUGGCCUUCUCCCUGAGUCUUGAUGGAAAUGCAGCUGGUUUGGCCAACAAAUCAUCAAGUGCCUACCGGACUUUGGAGCAACAGUGCUUAACUGAUUUACGUCCAGUGUAUGACACUCAACCAGGAUUCAAAGACAUCCGUAUCCUGGGAUUCAGGCCUGGAAGCAUCAUUGUGAGACACAUCGUCAUCUUUGACAGCGAGGACGCACCGUCCAAUGAUGAGAUCAUGAACGCUGUAGAAAACAUAGUCCUGAACGGAACCUUCAGCAUAGCAAACUACAGUGUUGAGCCAGCUUCAUUCACAACGGUUACGCUUACAAGCACAGAACUUGCAGAGCUAGGCGAGGCUGAGCUGUGUACAACAGGCUGUGGUGCUGAUGCUCUGUGUAACCUGACGACCAUAUAUGGAGUGCUGAUAGCCCAGUGUGUCUGUGAGGAUGACUACUGUAGAAAUGGUGGACAGUGUGAGAUUAUCCCUCAGCAAGGACCCAAAUGCAGCUGUGUUGCCAACUCCUUUGUGUACCACGGUGGGGAGAGGUGUGAGCUCAACCUGCCUCAGACUGUUGUGAUUGGCGUUGGUGCAGGAGUGGGAGGGGGGCUACUCUUCAUCAUCAUUGUCCUCGUGGGCUGUCUCUGCUGCUCAAGGUCACGUAGGAAGGAUGACCUUGAGAGGACUGACCAGGGGAAUGUGUGGCUGGCCUCAGCCCGUCCUGUCAGCUCCAUGCACAGAGGUAGACCAUCUGACGAGGCAGUGCCACUCUAUAAUCUGGGGAAGAACACAGAUGUGCCAGUAAACGUGUACGAUCAGCAGAACUCAGACUCCCCACAGAACAACCUGGCCCGGGCUUCUCGACUGACCGGGUAUGAGUUUAACUACCUGAAGGGGGAACUGACCACCUUCCAGGAGGGCGAUGAACACAACCCCAACAGACAGUGGAACCCUACGGUGGAGAACGUACCAACCAAGAAGGAAUUCAAGCUGCCACGUCCCAAAGUCUCUAGUGGCGAAACAAACCAGAACCGAUACUCUGCAUACUACUAACUAGAUCUGGUCAUUAACGCUGUGUGAUCUGUGAGCCUCUUGGUUACAAUUUCUUGACUCGGUCUGCAAGUCUUCAAGGGUAACAUAUCAAAAUCUACAAAGUUUUAACAGUAGUUUUCCAGAAUUUUGUUUUAAAAUCAGAAUCAUCAUGAACAGCCAUAUUUUGCUGUUGUUUAGUCUCUUAUUCUAAGUUCCUUUUGUGAGUUUAAGUUAUUGUUUUGUAACACCUGUUUAAACUGAUUGUUUUGUUACUCAAUUGUUUCAUUUCAAGUUUGUUGUGAUAUUACAUGUUCUG